AUGCCUCACAAGCACAAGAAGAACCACCAUGCCCCCAAAACUGCCUCCCCUAGGGCGGAGAAGAAGAAAGCUGCUUCUCCAUCCCAGCUACAGCCCCCCGCGGAUCCUUUCACCGCGCCCGUAGUCGCCCCCACCAAUUACCAGGAGAUCCACCAGAACGAGGUGGACGCUCUCCGAUCCAUAUAUGGCGAUGACUUUGAGGAAGUCCAGCACCGGCGCUCAGCCUGGCAGCAAUCGUCCGAAGUAGCCUUUAAACUGCACCUCCGAUCCUCCGCCAACCCCGACGUGCGAGCCGAGCUCCUAGUCGAGUUGCCAACGACGUACCCCAAAACCGUCCCGAACCUGUCCGUCGAGAACCUGGAGAAAUUGCGGCAACGGGCCCGGGUACGGAUUCAGGACAUUUGUCGGACGAAACCGAAGACCCUCCUCGGGGCGGAGAUGAUCUACGAGAUCGCCGUCGCCAUCCAGGAUGUCCUCGAAGACGUCGCAGAAGCCCAGGCCCAGGACAAGGAUCUCCCCAGCUUGGAGGAGGAGCGCAUGGAGCAGGAAGCCGCGGCCAACGAGCGCGCUGAGCAGGAAAAGCAGGAGGAGAUCCGCAAACAAGAGGCCGCCUCCGCGGAGGAGGAACGGGCCCUCCAGCUGUUGUUGGAAGAUCGCGAGCGCACCAAGGCCCGCAUCUCCCGGCGGAAAAGUCGGACGGGCUCCCUCGGGGUCCAGGAAGCUGUUGAAAACCUGCCGGACGCCAUCUCGUUUGACCCCCCGGUGGUCCUGAGCAGUGCCGUCGAAGGCCCCUUGGUCUUCCAGGUCGUCUACGGGAAGACCCUGCUGAAGAGUACGCCAGGGAAGGCGACCUUUGCGGUCCGGCCCGUGGUGUCGGGAAAUCGGCCCGGUGCACCGCUGUUGGUGUUGAAGGAGAUCGCCCUAGACGAGAAGGGGCAGGAGCCGUUACUAUUUCGGGAACGGAUGCGCACGAGCGAGGACCGGCUGGAGAACCUGAGGCGACUGCGCCAUCCAAAUAUCGUUCAUUUCGUCGGUCUGAAGAUCCAACGACCCCUGGACGUGGCGGAGUCGCCGGACCAUACCUGGACUGUCCAUGUUCUCCUGGAACACGCCAACAAGGGGUCCUUAAACGAGUUCCUCGACAUGGUGGGGACAGUGCCCGUGGAGAUGCUCCGGAGUUGGACGAUCCAGCUCCUCGAAGCGCUGGAGUUCUACCAUCGGAGUGGACUGGUCCAUGGCAACAUCCAUUGCGGCCGCAUCUUCCUGUUCCGGAAUCCCACGGGGAGCACGGUCGUCAAACUGCAAUCGAGCAUCGAAGAGGCGCUGCCCGAGUCCGGAGCCCCCCAUCGACCGCUAACGACAUCCAAGUCCCCGUUCUGGCUGCCCCCCGAGCUGACCCAGGGGAGCGCGCCGCUCACUACCAAGACGGACGUUUGGGACCUGGGCAUCGCCUUCCUGCAGAUGGCCUUUGGGCAGGAUGUCCUCCAACGGUAUACCUCGGUCGAUGCACUGAUGGGCUCCCUCAGUCUCUCCCUGCCGCUGCAAGAUCUCCUCCAUGAGAUCUUCCGACCCGAUCCGAGGAAGCGGCCGACGGCCUUCCAGCUACAGCCGUCGGAGUUUUUCCGGGUCGAUUUGCCGUUGGUGGUCCGGACGAGUGCCUCCAACUCCAUCUCGCUCCCGAGGCGCCCGCGUCUGGACUCAUCGGGGGCCCUAGCAACCUUCUCGCGAUACCACCAAGAUUUCGAUGAAGCCGGUCGUCUGGGCAAGGGGGGCUUCGGUCAGGUCGUCAAGGCGCGGAAUAAGCUUGACGGUCGAUUCUACGCGGUAAAGAAGAUUUCGCACAAAUCGGCGGCGGCCUUGAAGGAUACGCUCUCCGAGAUCAUGCUGCUCUCGCGACUCAACCAUCCCUACGUCGUCCGCUACUACACCGCAUGGCUGGAGCAGGACUACACCGCCGAUGAGCACGCCCUCUCCUCCACCGAAGGGGACUCGUUUCGCAGCGACGAGUCCCACGAGUUCGGCUACAGCACCCCCGGCCUGGACUUUAUUAGUUCGAGCGGUUACCCGAAAAUCGAGUUUGGCUCCGACAGCGAGGAGGAACACAACGAGCCCAUGUCACCAGGGGCGAAGGCCGAAAGCCCCGACACUCGGGUCCGAUCGGGCUCCCUGAGUCGUCCCAUUCUCACCACCCUAUAUAUUCAGAUGGAGUAUUGCGAGAAGCACACCCUCCGGGAUCUCAUCCGAAAUGGCCUGUAUGAUGACGUCGAACGGUCGUGGCGGUUGUUCCGACAGAUCUUAGAUGGACUAAGUCACAUCCAUUCCCACGGGAUCAUCCACCGCGACCUCAAGCCCGACAACAUCUUCAUUGACGUCGCCAACAACCCCCGGAUCGGUGAUUUCGGUCUCGCGACCAGCGGGCAGUUUACCACCGCCGUGCGCUCCUCCGAUGCGGCUGAGUUCGAGGGAAAUCUCACCCGGAGUUUGGGCACGACGUAUUACGUGUCACCAGAGAUGAAGUCAGGCUUCACAGGACACUACACGGAGAAGGUCGACAUGUUCUCUUUGGGAGUUAUCUUCUUUGAAAUGUGCCACCCUCUCCCGACCGGCAUGGAACGGGAUCAGACGUUGCGAGAGAUUCGAGAGAAGGACCAUACGCUCCCGCCCACUUUCCAAUACUCGGAAAAGGUGGUCCAGGGCCAGAUCAUCGAAUCGCUAUUGAAACACAACCCGAACGAGCGCCCGUCGGCUUCGGAGCUGCUCCAUAGUGGUCAGAUCCCCUUGCAGGUCGAAGAGGAGACAUUCCGGCGUGCCAUUGUACACUUGCUCUCCAACCCCAAUUCCCCGGACUACAAAAAGAUCCUGUCGGCCAUCUUCUCUCAGUCGCCCAAGAAGUUUGAGGACAUGGCCUGGGACAUGGACUCGCGGGGAGCGCCGGCGGCGAACGAAUUGCUCGUCCAGGGUCUCGUGAAACAGCGCCUCACAGCGAUCUUUCGCCGACACGGCGCCGUCGAAACGACGCGGCAAAUGCUGUUUCCUCGUUCUCAGCACUACCAUAACGGGGCCGUGCGGUUGCUGGAUUCGUCGGGUAACCUCCUUCAGCUGCCCUUUGACCUGACCCUGCCCAAUGCUCGGGCGAUUCCCCGACAAGACCCGUCCCUGGAGAAGUCAUUUACGUUUGGCACCGUGUAUCGUGAGAUGUCCCACGGCGGCGAGCCGCGCACGCACAAAGAAGUCGAUUUCGAUAUCAUGUCGCCAAACGCCCUAGAUCUGUCCUUGAAGGAGGCAGAAGUGAUCAAGGUGCUCGACGAGAUCAUCGAAGAGUUCCCUCCGUUACGUCUAGCCUCAAUGUGCUUUCUCAUCAACCACUCUGAUUUGCUCCAGCUCAUCAUGGAGUUCUGCCGCAUUACUCCGUCCCAAGUACCCCUGGUGAAGGAAAUCAUGAGCAAGUUGAACGUUGGGAAGUGGAAUAUGCAAAAGAUCAGGAGCGAGCUUCGCUCUCCUUCGAUCGGCAUCGCUUCGACCUCGUUGGACGAUCUUGCCCGCUUCGACUUCCGAGACUCUCCCAAACAAACACAGAAGCGACUUCGGGCGAUCAUGGAAGGCACCCCGUUUGCCGAGCGGCUGGCGCCCAUCUUCACCCGUAUCAACCUACUAGUGACGUACCUGCAAGGUUUUGAGGUGAAACGGAAGGUGUACGUCAGUCCCCUGGGGAGUCUCAACGACAAGUUUUACCGUGGCCGCAUACUGUUCCAGUGUGUCUUCGACAACAAGCGACGGGAUGUCUUCGCAGCCGGUGGUCGAUAUGACUCGUUGGUUCAAGAGUUUACUCCCAAGCUGCUCGGCAGUAGCCCUCAAACACAUGCCGUGGGCUUCAAUCUGAGCUGGGACCGGCUCAGCUCGGCCAUGGUUGAAUUUCUUAGGGCGCCCACGAAGACCCCGUCCAAGCAUCCUGAAACGGAUGCUGGCGUCUUCUGGAGGACCAGACGGUGUGAUGUGCUUGUUGCCAGCUUUGACGCCACCGUGCUGCGCACACUAGGCGUCAAGAUCGUGCAGGACAUGUGGGCAAAUGAUAUCAGCGCCGAGCUCGCCGUCGAUGCGCUCUCCCUCGAAGACCUUCUGAGCAAGUACCGCGACCACAACCACGGUUGGAUCGUGAUCGCCAAGCAAGACAGCCUGGAGCGGGGCUUCAAAGUGCGCUGUCUCCUGCCAUGGGAAGAGUUCGACAUCAGGAGCCCGGAGCUAGUCCCCUGGCUACGAAACGAGAUCUGGGCACGCAAUCACCGCGACGGCUCAGUAGAUUCCCGACAAGUCCGACCACUCAUCCAAGCGGACGUCAGCGGCGGGGCGAGCGAGCGCGCCAACGACGUGCGCAUCCUCCUCUCCCAGCACCGCAGCAAGAAGACCAACCGGCGAAACAUCGUCGAAUCCGCACUGGUCCGCUCACGAGAGGUCAUGGAACACGCGCUGAACGGGCCCAUCGCCGCCAUCGACACCCGCGACGAUCUCCUCGAAGCCAUCCGCGACACGCGCCUGUCAGACCCAGACAGCUGGCGCACGGUCAUCCAGAACGCGCCGCUGACGGAGCGCAAGUACCUCAGCCAGGUGCACGAGCUGAUGAUCGACCUCGCCAACGAGGGUCGUGCCCGUGACGGGGCGGAUCACUACAGCAACGCCUUCAUCUACAACUACCGUACAGGCUCUUGCCUGUACUACGAUUUGGGGGGUGCAAAUAAUCAAUGAUGAUCUAGAUAUAUAUAUACAUAACUAGAUGUACGGAGUCAUGUGUUAUGCCUGUCAUGUGUGGAAUGUUUAUGUUUUUCAUUUUGUUUCAUUGCAUCGCAUUCUGAUUUGAGUUAUCUGGUCGAUUUUUUGAAUUCUCCUCUCCGAGUUCCAUAGCCAAUAUCAUAGCAAAUAU